AUGGAUUCAAACCAGACACUCUUCUCUUCGGUCACGUUGUUGCAAGACUUACCAUCAAUCCGACAUGAGAUAUACAAUGUGUGCAUGAAUCAACCAAUGAAGAUAGUAUCUGAUGGCAUAUGGAAUCCCCAUGCAAGUGCAAUACCUUCACAAUCUGCAUACACCAUGCUUCAGCUUCAAAUGGUCAUCAUCUUCAUCGUCACGCAAGCUAUUCAUUUCAUUCUCAAACAAUUUGGGAUCCCUCCUUUCGUUUCACAAGUCAUGGCUGGCUUUCUGAUGGGCCCAUCAAUUCCCACAGGACCAUUGGAAAAGUACAAGAGGAUGCUGUUCCCCUUGGGGAGUGCAGAUAUCCUAAGCACAGUCUCAUCCUUAGGCUAUUCAUUUUUCCUCUUCAUAAACUCAGUGCAGAUGGACCUAUCCUUGAUCACCAAAACAGGGAGAAAGGCUUGGGUGAUAGGACUUUGCUCAUAUUUCAUUCCCAUAAUAGUAGGGUUUGUCACCAUGAACUCGGUCAGGCCCUUGUUGGUGGAGAUCAUGGGAGAUGACAUUUAUGGUUUGCCUGUGGUAUUCCUAUCUCACUGUGGUUGCUCCUUUGCUGUGGUCUCAGCGUUGCUCCAUGACCUUAAAAUCCUCAACUCUGAAAUCGGACGCCUCGCACUCUCUGCAGCUUUUGUCAACGAUGUUACAGGUGGAAUCUGUGGAGGAAUUGGCACUGCUUUUGUGAAGAGCCAGGAUUUGGAUGAUUCUAUCCGUACUAGAAACGUGAUGGUAUUUCUUGUUUUCAUAGCCUUGACUCCACUCAUUGGUCGUCCUGCAAUGAGGUGGAUCGUGAGGAAGACCCCAGAAGGUAGACCCGUGAAAAAGAUAUACAUCUAUACCAUCACAAUAGUGUUCUUGGGAUUGGGGUAUUUUGCUGGGAUUUUCCGUGAACCCUUCUUAGUAGCAGCUGUUGUCUUAGGCCUUGCAGUCCCUGAGGGUCCUCCUUUGGGGUCUGAACUGGUUUCCCAUAUUGAGUUGUUCUCCGAGUGGUUCCUCUCCUCAAUUUUUCUCACAUGUUGCACCAUGAAAGUGGAUCUCACCAAAUCUGACUCUCUCUCCGUCGUAAUAGCCAUAUCUGCUUUCAUCAUUUUGGUGCACUUGGUUAGGUGGGUUUUGUGCAUCGGAGUUUGCCGAUACUGUAAAAUGCCCUUCAGUGAUGGUUUUUGCCUUGCUCUCAUUUUGAGCUGCAAAGGGAUUGUGGAUAUCUGCUCCUAUGUUCUUGUCUACGAAACAAUGAUACAAAGCAAACGAGUAGUAAAUGUUAUGAUCAUCUCAGUGUUGUUCCUAGGAACAGCUUCCAGGUUUGGAGUGAAGGCAUUGUAUGACCCUUCAAGGAAAUACGCAGGGUACCAGGAAAGGAACGUCAUGAGCUUGAAAAACAACAGUGAGCUUCGGAUAGUUGCAUGCAUCCACAAGCUAUGCCACACGAUUCACAUCAAGAACUUGCUCCAACUUUGUUCCCCUGCACCAGAAAACAUACUAGUGGCAGACAUUUUACACCUCAUGGAGCUAAUUGGAAGGUCCAAUCCCAUUUUCAUUGCACACAAACUUCAGCAUAGUGUAGGAUCAUCAUCCUACAGCAUCUCUGGGGAACUCAUUGUGACCUUUGACCUUUUCGAACGUGACUGUGUUGGUUAUGCCACUGCUAACACAUACACUGCCAUAUCCCCAGUGAUAUUCAUGCAUGAAGAUGUUUGCAACCUAGCUUUAGACAAAAAUGCAGCCCUUAUAGUACUUCCAUUUCAUGUGAAAUGGGGAGGGGAUGGUUCGAUUGAGUCAGAGGACAGAAACAUAAGGGCACUUAAUUGCAAUGUUUUGGAAAGGGCACCUUGCUCUAUUGGAAUUCUAGUGAACCGUGGCCCUUCUAGCUUCAACUCAACAACUAUCAAAAUGGCCAUGGUUUUCUUGGGUGGACCUGAUGAUAGAGAGGCUUUGUGCUUGGCUAAUAGGUGUGCCAAAGAUGUUAAUAAUAGUUUGUAUGUGUUUAGGUUGUUAGCAGAUAACCAUGAUACCUCCAAUUGGGAUCACAUGAUCGAUGAUGAAGAGUUGAGAAGGGUACGUGGAGCUCAUAUUAAACAAGAUAAUGUGAUCUAUCAAGAGAUUACCAUAGGAGAUGCAUCCCAGACAACGUGUUUCAUCAAAGAUAUGGCCAACCAGUUUGAUUUUAUUGUAGUUGGUAGACGCUAUGGAGUUAGAUCUCCUCAGACCUUUGGGUUAGAGAAUUGGACUGAAUAUUCAGAGCUGGGGGUCAUUGGUGAUUUGCUUGCUUCAAAUGAUACAGAUACUACGGCUUCAGUUCUAGUUGUUCAACAACAAUUAACUUCUAGGUCAUGA